CCACCACCACCACCACCACCACCACCACCGCCACCACCACCACCACCACCACCACCACCACCGCCACCACCACCACCACCACCACCGCCACCACCACCGCCACCACCACCGCCACCACCACCACCACCACCGCCACCACCACCACCACCACCACCACCACCACCACCACCACCACCACCGCCACCACCACCACCACCACCACCACCACCACCGCCACCACCACCACCACCACCACCACCACCGCCACCACCACCACCACCACCACCGCCACCACCACCACCACCACCACCACCACCACCACCACCACCACCACCACCACCACCACCACCACCACCACCACCACCACCACCGCCACCACCACCACCACCACCACCACCACCACCGCCACCACCACCACCACCACCACCACCACCACCACCACCACCACCACCACCACCACCACCACCACCACCACCACCACCACCGCCACCACCACCACCACCACCACCACCACCGCCACCACCACCACCGCCACCACCACCGCCACCACCACCACCACCACCACCGCCACCACCACCACCACCACCACCACCACCACCACCACCACCACCACCACCACCACCACCACCGCCACCACCACCACCGCCACCACCACCGCCACCGCCACCACCACCACCACCACCACCACCACCACCACCGCCACCACCACCACCACCACCACCACCGCCACCACCACCACCACCACCACCACCACCACCACCACCACCACCGCCACCACCACCACCGCCACCACCACCACCACCACCGCCACCACCACCGCCACCACCACCACCACCACCACCACCACCACCACCGCCACCACCACCACCACCACCACCACCACCACCACCACCACCACCACCACCACCACCACCACCACCGCCACCACCACCACCACCACCACCACCACCACCACCACCG